AUGGCCUAUAAUAUUUCUCUACUUCUGGCCCUGAUUUGUAUCCUGUUUAUGGGUCAGCAUUGUUGGGCUGCUUCAUCGGCUGAUGAUUUGGCCAAAUUCGGGGAAAUGGAACGAUCCAUCAAGGAGCUGACCAGUUCGAUCCUGGCCAUGAGUGGAGCUACUCCCGGCAUUAGAGCCGCGGCUAAUAAUGCUUGGCCCGAAGAACUUCAGGCUUAGGUUUUUGGCC